AUGCAACGACAAACUCAACCCAUCCAACCAUCUACCAUCCCAGGAGCUGGGGCCGCUGAUUUCCAAUUUCUGGACUUCUUCCGUCUGUUCCUAGCCCCUGUGCUUGAGGGCCCGUUGCCGCAUUCUUUCUGGACAUACACCGUUCCUCAGAUGGUACACCAGGAACCGGCCUUGAGAAAUGCGGCUGUGGCACUUGGUUCUCUAUACCAGAGAUUCAGAGAGGAUACACAAAGUGAGGCAGAGAAAAGGUUCUCUAUCGGUCGUUAUAACUCGGCUAUACGCCAGAUUGCUUUGCUACGGCAUGGACACCUUGAUACGGUGGUCAUUGCCUGUGUUAUUUUUAUGGCUGUUGAUAUUCUUCGCGGCAAUCAUGAGCAGGCACUCCUUCACUAUAAACAUGGGAAGCGUAUCCUGGAGUCUUACACUCCUAAUGCUCAGAUCAAAGGAAUCUUUCGCCAGAUGUACAUGUUUGUACUGUUCACCAGUCCCUCGGGCCGCUUGUUACCCGAAAAAGAUGGAUGUCCCCAUAUCACCCAGCCUUUUUGGUCGCUUCUUCAAGCGCAAGAGGAACUUGACUGGCUUGUUUACCGGUCCAUGGAAGUGGUGUUUUUUGUGAACAAGCACCACGAAGAGUCUAUCAUUCUACCCAUGCAGCAUGAAUUGAACCAGGAAUUGGAUAACUGGUACCUCGCCGUGUCUGGCUUGGUGUCUCAAGAUCUACCCGUUCAUCACAGGUCGGCAUAUCAUAUGCUUGAGGCUCGAUGGCUCAUUUGCAAAAUAUGGUGUCAUGGAUCCUUGCAUGGUGAUCAGGGAUAUAAUGACUGUACUGAGAUGUUCCGGCGGGAAUUGGAGCUUCUACAGGAGUUGAUGGCUAUGGGUGCGCCUAAAAGCACUUUCGAGAUCGGAGUCCCGCCGCUCCUACAUUUUCUCUUCACGAAAUGCAAGGACCUGGAUCUUCGGCUAUCCGCACUGGCUUUGUUCAGGGAGAAGUGCUUUACGCCUGACACGUUAUGGGACUUCAUGGUGAUCUAUGAAACGGCCCAGCGACGCAUUGAGAAGGAGCAUGAUCUGGUUCUUGGAUCUGAAUGGGCUCAGUCGAUUGAUCUAGAAAUGAUCCCCGCGAAGAAGAAGACUGCGCUCACACGUACUGCCUGGGUCAGCGAGACUCAAUAUCUCUGUCCGUGGGUUCUUGUGGUGUUAGAUGUCUCUGAAGAUGUCCGAGGUGCGAUUCCCUUAUAG